AAUAAAUUAAUGAUGCCUAUUGGCAAGUCCGUAAGUCGUAAGUACUUCCCAAAACCAAAAUCCAAUUAUAAACUGAACGUUGUUUCCUCUCUUUCCUUCUCCCCUUAGGAACAAGCAACCGGAGAAUCUUUAGAGGAAAGAGGGAAAAAACAAUAAAUGCUAAGAGAAAAACACAGAAUAUCCUGGUCACAGAUGGAAAGAAAAUAUUCCCCCAAAGAUUUUCUUCACUUUAGACAUUAUUGCAAUGCAAACCCUCCUAUUUCUACUGCCUCUCCGUCUCUUCCCUGCUAUUGUGUUUGUAUUCUUCAAGUCCAAAGUCCAAUGGCUCCGUCCAAGACAAAAGAGCCUCGAAAGGCAAAUUUCUUGAAGAAAGUUCGCGACGGCAACGAGAAAAUAAAAGCAGCUUCUUUUCUGAAGAGAAGUCCUACUCUUCAAAAAAAAGCUCAGGAAAUCCAGACAUUGUGCGAUAUUUCUGUUUGUCUUGUUUGUUUUGGACCUGAUGGGUCUGUUAACACAUUUCCGGAGCAAGAAUCUGAGGUAAAAGCUGCAAUUUUGUCUUAUAAAGGGCUUGAAAAGAACCAAAGGCAAGAACUUACUUUUCUGGAGUUUUUGGAAGCUAAAAAGAAGAGCCUUCUAAAAAAGAAAGCUAAGGUAAUUAGAAAGAAGAUGGUUGAGGUUAUUGAGAAGUAUUCCAAACUUGUUGAUGGGUUAUAUGGUAAGAACUUAUUUGAGAUGGUUAAUUUUCUCGAGUUUAAGCUGAUGGGUUUUAAGGAGGUAUUGAAGUCUUUUGAUACUACAGUGAAAAUUGGAGAUGAAAAAGUUCAAGAACAAGCUCUUGCGAUUGAAGCUGUGGAUAGUGAUGAUGAACUUGGCAUACUUGAGAAUUUGGAUAUAAUAUCAGAAAAUUCUAAUCAAGUGGCUGUGGAUGGUACUGAGAUGAUCACUGAUGUUAGUUUCGUUGAAAGUAAUUCUUGGCCAUUGGAUUUGCACAGUCUUAGUAAUAAUGAUUCUAUGGAUGAGAAUUGGGCUCAAGACUGCAAAAUUAGUGAGUUUAACUCUAAUGGGAUUUUAGAGACUAACAAUGGUAGGACUAGGGUUGAGGUCAGCCAGUCUUCUUUAUGGUUCGAAGGAGUAGAUAAUUUUAUUUUUAGUACAAAUGCACAAGAGAGUUCUUCUUUAUGGUUUGAAGGAGUAGAUUAUAUUGAUACAAACCCUAAAGCACAAGACAGUUUUGGUGGUGCGAUGGGAGAGAUUGAUGGCAUGAGUAUAGUUCCAGUUAGUAGUGAUGAUGAUUUGCUUUAUAAUGUUUUACCAAUCUCAACAUGGGAUGUUUCUUUUAUUGGUUGAUAAAAAUGGAGUUUAAUCAAAAUUUUUUAUCA